UAGAAGCUAGAUUCCCUACAUUUCCUACGAUGCAGCUCCUGAUCGGCAAGAAGCCGGGAGACGAGGAGCUCAAGUGCUUCCUUGCGCUGUCUCUCACCGGCACUGAAUUCACUAUUGGCGCCGCGGACAAGAAAUACUCGAGCUGUGGCCCGCAAUUGGCCGUCAAGCCCGACACUGAGUUGCUCUUCUCGGCCAACGCCGUGUGCCGCUUCGUGGCCGCCAACGCUGGCCAGCUGCAGAGCGACGAUCUGGCCGUAGACGAGUGGAUUGAGUGGGAGGCCAACACAUUGUCCCCGUGGCUGCGUGUGGCCAAGGCCGCUAGCAACAAAAACGGUGAGCUCGCUGGCCAACUGGCCGCUAUGCUCGAGGCCAAGGAGGAGGCGCGGCCCAAGAACAGCGGCGACCUGCAGUUUCUUUUUGGCUCGGAACUUUCGUUGGCUGACGUUGUGGCUGGCGUCACGCUGCGUGCUGCCUUCAAGGUUGUCAAGGAGGAGAAGGACGAGGCUGCCGUGCUCCAGGUUUUCCGCAAAUACGUUGCCCAGCUCUUUGCCCAUGAGGACGUGAUUAAGGGUGUGGCCAGCAUGAAGAACGCCGGCAAGGCUGCUAAGAAGGGCAAGGGUGCCCCCGGCGCAGCCUCCGAUGCACCGGCCGCUGCCGUACAGGACGUCAAGCGCUCCACGUUCAAGCUGGACGAGAAGCUCGAACAAGGCCUGACGUACCACAACAUCCUGGAAGUGGUCGAGUCUCUUUUCGACGCUGCCAUCAAGGCUGCGUACCCUGGCCUGGAUGUCCCGCCUGUUGAGGUUACGCGUACCAACGUCAAGAACGCCAAGUUCGGCGACUACCAGUGCAACUCGGCCAUGUCUAUCUUCACAGCUCUUAAGGGCACGCCCAACGCGGCCCGCUCUCCUCGUGACGUGGCCAACACGAUCAUCGCGGCGAUGCCCGAGACGCGUGUGCUAGACCGCCUGACCGUCGCCGGCGCAGGCUUCAUCAACGCCUUCCUGACCAAGGAGUUCGUGGCCGCCCGGCUCCAGAACGUGCUGGCCAACGGCGUGCAGCCGGCCCCACAAAAGAAACAGACGAUCGUCGUCGACUUCUCCUCGCCUAACAUUGCCAAGGACAUGCACGUGGGCCACCUGCGCUCCACGAUCAUUGGUGACACCAUGUCCCGUAUCCUCGAGUUCCAGGGCUACGACGUCAAGCGUAUUAACCACGUCGGAGACUGGGGCACCCAGUUCGGUAUGUUAAUCUGCCAUCUUACAGAGACGUACCCGACUUGGGAGACGGAGAUGCCCAACGUGACGGACCUGACCAAGCUGUACAAGGCCGCAAAAGAGCGCUUCGACGCCGACGCGGACUUCCAUGAACGCUCCAAGGCACAAGUGGUGCUGCUGCAGUCCGGCGACGAAAACUCUCGUAAGGUAUGGGAGACGCUGUGCGAGAUCAGUCGCCGCGAGUUCCAGAAGGUGUACGACCGUCUGGGCGUGUCGCUUAAUGAAAUGGGCGAGUCGUUCUACAACCCGAUCAUCCCGGACGUGCUGGCCAAGCUGCGUGCCAAGGGCAUCGUGGAAAUGAGCAACGGCGCUGAAGUGGUGUUCACCAAGGCGUUCAAGCAACCGUUUAUGCUGGUGAAGAGCGACGGCUCGUACCUGUACGACACGACGGAUAUUGCUGCGCUGUGGUAUCGCCUGCACGAGAUGAAGGCCGACCGCAUUAUUUACUACACGGACUACACGCAGAAGGAUCACUUCAGUCUUCUGUUCGAGGUGGGUCGUAUGUCGGGCAUUUACGACCCGACCAAGCAGCGCGCGGACCACGUGGGCUUCGGCACGGUGAACGACGAGUCCGGUAAGCGCUUCAAGACGCGCUCGGGCAAAACUGUGCGUCUGGUGGAGCUGUUGGACGAGGCCAAGGUGCGCAUGAAGGCGCAGCUGGUGGAACGUAUCGAGGCCGGACAGACGUCACUGCCUAUGGACCAAGUGGACGCGGCGGCCGAGAAACUCGGCUACGGCGCCGUCAAGUACUUCGAUCUGCGUCAGAGCCCGACGUCCAACUACAUCUUCAGCUUCGACCGCAUGCUGUCCACCAAUGGUGACACGGCUGUGUAUCUCAUGUUUGCGUACGCCCGUCUGUCGUCGAUCAUCCGCAAGUCGGGCGUAGACAUGUCUGCUCUCGUGGCACAGCUGCAGAAGGAGGGCAACGUGCUCAAGCCCGAACACCCGACGGAACAGGCUCUGGCCAUCGAGUUGUUGCAGCUGCAAGACGUGAUCGUGUUCAUUAACAAGGAUCUGAGCUCCAACCGACUGUGCAGCUACCUGUACACGAUCUCGGAGAAGGUGCAGACGUUCGUCACUGCGUGUCGUGUACUGGGCAGCGAGGAGCAGAACAGCCGUCUGUUGCUAUGCGAUGCCACCCUCAAGGUCAUGAAGACGUGCUUCUCGCUGCUGGGCAUCGACCCGCUCGACCAGAUCUAA